UUGGGUUUAUCGGACACGGACAACGCCUCUCGUCGAUCAUUUCAUCAUUGGACAUUUGGCGCAAGCAGCACAAGCGACGCAGGAAACUGUACCGGGGUGCAUACGUAUCCGCCCCAGCGGAACGGGUCGACGCUUGACGCGUGACGGGUCUGAUCUCACUGCAGGGUCCUGUGGUCCAGACGUUCCUGCUUCCUCGUGGUCUGAUAUCUCGCAUCGGCAUCCUCAUCACGACGACAAUACCCUCCUUGACAACAUCAAGUCAUCACCCGAACAUCGAACAAGCAGCCAUUGAGUCGAGCAUCCACCACCGUCCACGCCCUUCAUUCGGCUUACCUCACUCACCCACAUUGACUCACCAACACCAGCCGGCCUCACACAAUCUCAAGUCCCAAGCGGAUGGGUUCACCACCGGCCACCAGCCCUCAUGAUGAUGGGCAGGCCGCAUCUCGCCCCAGCCGCAGCCCCGGGCUGGCCGCCCGCCUCCGGUCCUACUUCCGCCCUGGUACCCCCUCCUCCCCCCUCGAACGCCGCCUCCUCCUAAAAAUCGACUUCUUCAUCCUAACCUUCUGCUGCCUCUCCUACUUCCUCAACUACCUCGACCGCACCGCUUUGUCGAAUGCCUACGUCUCCGGCAUGAAAGAAUCCCUUUCCUUUCGCGGUAACCAGCUCAACCAAAUAAACACUUGCUUCACCAUCGGCUACGUUUUGGGGCAAAUCCCGUCCAACUUAUCCCUUCACUACGUGGCUCCCAGGGUAUUUUUUCCUGGUAUGAUGGUCUUAUGGGCUGGACUUACCAUGGUCACGGCGGCGGCGAGACGGCCGGGGGAUAUAAUGGCGAUUAGAUUCUUCCAGGGGGUUGCCGAGUCAACGACGUUCGUGGGCACGCAUUAUAUUUUGGGGAGUUGGUACACGGAACAAGAACUGGGGAAGAGGAGCGGGGUGUUCACGGCGAGCGGAUUGGCGGGCACGAUGAUUGGGGGGUUUGUGCAGAGUGGGAUUCAUGCGAGUAUGGAUGGGUUGAGGGGGUUGGCGGGCUGGCGUUGGUUAUUCAUUAUCGACGGCAUCAUCACCUUGCCCGUGGCCAUUUAUGGAUUUCUCUUGUUUCCGGAUACGCCCAAGACGACGAGGGCGCCGUAUUUGUCGGGGGAGGAGAGGGAGUUGGCUGUGAGGAGGAUGGAGGGGCCGAUGAUUGAGGAACCGGAACGGCCUUCGAAUGAAACGCUCGUCCCGGAAGUCCCGCCGUCCCCGUCCGCCUCCCGCGCUGAGGCAUCAGCGAAACCCGUCGACGACAAGCCCGACUCGCAAUCACGCCCUGAGCCAUCACCCCCCACCUCCGCAUCCGACACCAACCCCUCCUCCAACCUCGAUCACCAUCUGCACCACCACCCCUCCAUGUCCGCCUCCGGAACCGCCAAAACCGAGCACUCCCUCACCCCCACGCACCCCUUCUCCCUCCCCUUCGCCCGCUCCCUCUUUUCCUCCUAUCACUUCCCCUCCUUCAUCCUCCUCUGGAUCCUCGCCGGCGAAACUGAAUCCUUCUCCUCCAACGCGCUUUUAUCUCUCUAUCUGAAAUCCCACCCCUCCAACCCUUCCAACCCCUCCAACCCUUCGCCUUCCAACCCUUCGCCACCGGUGCCGCCGGUGCAAAAGUAUACAAUAGCGCAACUAAACAACUACCCAACCGGUGUCCCAGCCGUCGGUAUCGUGUCUACUCUCUUCUUCGCCUUCAUCACCGACUUAUACCCCCGCCACCGGUCCAUCGUCGGUUACUUUAUAGGGAUGAUCGGGAUCUUGACCCCCUCGCUGAUCCUAGCCGCGCAAAAGGGCCACUUUGGUGAUCCAGCCGGCAGCAAGGCGACGGGCGUGGUGAUGGCCAUGUAUUACCUCGCUGGCUCCGUCUACGCCUGUCAGGCUACCUUCUUCGCGUGGGCGAACGAUGCGAUGACGAGGGAUGGGAAGGAGCCGGUUUUCCGGGGCGUGGUGCUGGCGGGCAUGAAUCUGGGGAAUAAUGCUGUGAAUGCGUGGUGGAGUAUUGUGUUUUAUGGCGCCGCGAUGGCGCCUUGGUUUGAGAGAGGUAUGUGGGCCAUGAUUGGGACGAGUAUUGCGUUGGCGGCGUGGACGGCGUUCUUGUCGUCUAUGGAAAAGAGGUCGAGGAGGAGGAGGGAGCGGGAGUUGAAGGAGAGGGAGGAGACGAGAAGGAUACCAGGGGGAGAUGCUGCUGUUGGGCCGUCGACGAGGGAUGAGAAGGGGAAGAGGGUUGAUGAUGUAUGAUGAUGUGCUUGAUGUUUGGUUGUACAUAUAUGACCAUAUAGGGGGCACUUGGAUACCCGUUCGUAGGUUCGAGGAGGAGCAGAAAUGUCACGUCUCU